UCUACAUCACUGAGAGAGGCUGAGAAAGUGAUUGAGUGUGAAAAAUAUAUUCCUAUCCAGUCACCAAACCUGCCAUGGCCUCCGCCACAGCUCGAACCAGUGUGUCAAAGAAGCACAUCCAAUUUAUAGCUUUUCAGGUCACUCUGAUAGGAACAGUCUUCUGUGGGAAUGUGCUGAUUUGGCCUACGGAAGCCAGUCACUGGCUAAAUGUUAAGAGCAUUAUACAGGAACUGAUACGCCGAGAGCACAAUGUCACCAUCCUAGUGUCAAAUGCUUCCCUCUUUAUCACACCACAUGCUGAGACGGCCGAGAGGUUUGAGGUGUACACUGUGCCCUUUGGAAGGAACUACAUUGACUCCUUGAUCAGAGAGAUAGUGAACUUGUGGAUGUAUAACAGACCAACUGCACUGACCUUCUGGCAGUUCUACAAGGAACUGGGAAAGCUGAUCAGCAAAGCGAAUGAGAUGACUAGACAGCUGUGUGAUAGCGUGCUAGGCAGCCGGGAUUUAAUGGCCCGGCUGCAGAGGGACAAGUAUGAUGUGCUUCUCGCCGAUCCGGUGACCAUCGGCGGUGACCUAGUUGCUCUCAAACUCGGAAUUCCAUUUGUAUACUCUCUGCGUUUCACACCAGCCUCAACAGUGGAGAGGCAUUGUGGGAAGAUGCCCUCUCCGCCUUCGUAUGCACCCGCAGCCCUAUCUGAGCUCACAGACAAGUUGUCAUUCGGCGAAAGAAUGAAAAACAUAGUGUCUUACCUCCUACAAGACUAUGUGUUUCAGAGCUACUGGGGAGAAUGGGAUUCAUAUUACAGUGACAUUCUAGAUCCCACCAGACCUUCCCGUUUCAAUUUUGAGGUGAUACCUGUGCCGUUCACAAAGGAGGAUAUGGCGUCCCUGCUGGAAGACUUUCUCCACAUGUGGCUUUAUGAACUGCCCAACUUUUCAUACUGGGAGACCACUUCCAGGAUGUGUAACUUAUUUUCACGGCUGCUGUCUAUGAACAAAGUAGGUUGUGAUUCGGUGGUGUGGAAUGAGGAGCUGAUGAAGAUGCUGAGAGAGGCUGCCUUCGACAUCCUCCUUGCAGAUCCAGUAGUGCUGGGUGGGGAGCUAGUGGCAGAGAAGCUUGGCAUCCCAUUUGUCUAUACUUUGCGGGCCUCUGCGGGGAACACAAUGGAGCGGCUAUGUGGCGGGCUUCCAGCUCCUCCUUCGUACGUGCCUGCCAGCCUGGGCAGCCUGACGGACAGGAUGUCCUUCAUGGAGAGGAUGAAAAACAUGUUCUUUUAUGCUCUUCAGGAUGUUGUGUUUCACCAGGUUUUCUGGAGAGAAUGGAAUCAGUACUACAGCGAUGUUUUAGGUAAGGCUGCUCUUGUUUGCCGUGAUUGUGUCUUCACUGUGGGCUGCAUUGUGUGA